AUGUACACACACUUCUCCCCAUGUUACACGCGUAAGAAAUAAUAGAAAACAUAAGCGACAGACGUGUGUUGUUAGGUCUCGUUGUGGUGUUCCGUUUUACUGUCAAUUAAUAUAUCACAAAUCAAUAUGGCAAAGCUUAUUCAAGCACCAACUACAUUCACACAUCCUGAGUGGACGCUAAAUAAUUGCCUUGAGUAUGAUAGUGCUGAAAAGCAACGGGCAAGUGCAGAGAGAUUGAUUGCAGAGAGUGAUAGAUUGAUUGAAGAGACAGACAAGACAACGAAAAAGACACAAAGGGAUGUAAAUAAGAAAUUUGAUCAAAGAAUAGAUGAUGUGACAUUUUGGAAAGACGAAUUGGACCGUAAACUAGAUGAUAGUAAGAAGGAGAUUGAUAUGCUACUAGCUUACAAGACCAGAUUAGAAAGCGCUUUUGAGGCAUGCAAACAACCACUUGCAAUUGUAAAUCAGUGUCUGGCAAAUAGAGAAGGCCGUGUGUCAAUCGAUUUAGUGCAUGACGAUGUCCAGAAGAACCUUAUUAAAGAGCGUGAAGUUAUUCAAGGUGUGAUGUCGCUGUUGCAGCGUACACUGGAGCAAACAACGGAGCAGAUUAGGAUUAUGCGAUCAAAGAAAUACUACCUUGAGAAAGAUCUGAAGGACAAAUUCCAGGCGCUGAGCAUUGAUGGCGACUGUCGUGAACUCCGGGAUGAUCAUUCCGGUCUCCGAUCAGUCCCUGGAUCAGCAAAGAUUGUGGCCAACUCUGUAACUCCCGAAAAUUGGCAGGAUUUCUCAAACGAGAAUAUCAACAAGGCUGAAAAACAAAGAAAAUGUGCAGUAGAUCUGCGUAGCGUAAUUGACAGUAUCCUGGCGACGACAGCCGAUGAUAUGCAGCAACAAGUUAAUGAUACAAACCUCGCAUUCACUAAGAGGAUUGAGGAGACAGCAUUGGCUAAGAGCAAGUUAGAAUCACACCUGGCCAGGAUUCUUGGACAAAUACGCGACAUGGAAGGAAAUAUCGAGAAACUACAGAAAGCAAUUGGGGACAAAACUGGACCAAUGAAGUUAUCCGAAACCAGACUUGAUGCCCGAACUACGCGUCCAAAUGUUGAACUCUGUCGUGAUCCCGUCCAAUACCGUCUUAUCAAUGAAGUUGCCGAGAUUGAUACAAAUGUUAAACGGCUUCAAGAAACCUUAGCACAAGCAGAGAUGGAGCUUAAAGGCCUAAUUCGCAACCAACUUCGCUUGGAGGAAGACAUUGAUGUCAAGUCAAAUACAUUGAACAUUGAUGAAGCUAACUGUAUGGGAAUUCGCAAGAGCAUCUUCAUUAAAAAAUUCUAGAUUUCGAAAUAUAACCAAAUAUUAAUUAAAUUAUUGCAAAAUCAAUUUUUUGAAACUCAUCCACUUGAUUGAAGUAUUGAUCUCAACAAAGUGUAUUCUACUAGAGAAAUUCUACCGCUAAUAAAAAUGUUAUGUCAAGAUAGUGAGAAUGCUGGUGUGAUUCUUACAAAUAAACCGUCCAAAUACUAGCUCAGAUAUGCAACUUGCUACCGUCCAACACAGAAUUAGUCAAGUUUAACUCAAGUCGAUUUGUACCUUGUGUCAAAUAUAUUAAACAGCCAAAAUAAACUGGAACCUGAAUUCUGGGUUUGUGCAUCACAUUGUAGGUGUUCAAUAUCUUACAUAGUGGCUUGCUCAAACUCAGAAUGCUAUACCUAUAGUGUUGAAUAAGGGCUUACCUUGGAAAGAAUUUUCAUACAUGUUUUAAAGGCAUUAUUAUCUCCACUAAUAGAUAUGGUCUAAACAUCAAUACCGAUAUAUUACAGUUCUACAUACUUUAGAACUUCAGUGGUUUUAAGGAGAGUUGAAUUGCAUGCUGAAUCCAUUGCACAUGGAAGCAUUCCGAGUUAUCAUCAUCUGAAUUCUAAGAUGUACUGUAGUGUUGCCCCAAUGUACGUUGUGUAUAGAAUGCAGAAUGGUCAUGGAUGAAUGAAUCCAUCAUACAGUAGGGUCAUGUCAUCAUGCAAAUCAUGCGCCCUAGCCUAGUAUUACCAUUUUGGUGUCUGGUUCAACACAGCUAUUUUUGUGUUGCACAUUUUGUCUAAUUAAUGUACUGUGUAUACAGUGUACUGAAGUAUUAAUGAUAAAUUAAAUAGAAAGCAAAUAUAGUGUGUAUAACUGACAUGUCAUAAUAAAUUUAAAUAAAGUCU